GCAGUUAACAGCAACAGGAAGUCGUGUGUGUGUUCAGCAGGAUGAAGACUGGGCCGGAUCAGAGGAUGUCCAAGCCGGAGGUCUCGCGGUUCAGAAACAGUCUAAAGCAGAACAUCUGUGUAGAGAUGCUUCAAGACAGCUAUUACAGGUCGUUCUCGGAGCUCUUCUCUCUGCUGACGUCAGACCGGAACCGGAGGGCGGCGGCUGAACCGGGUUCUGACACGCUGCUCCUGACGCCCCUCGACCAGCAGGGGGCGACACUGGAGACCAUGAGGCUGCACCUGAGGCAGGCCGAGGAGGCGGAGAACACCGCCUGCUGGUCCGUGGUGUGUGAGCAGCGCCUCCUCCUCGGCCUCUUCUUCUCUUCUCGUGAGGAAGACUCUCUCGCCCUUCACUUCUUCACCAGCUGUGCUGAGACAGAAAGGGGAGGAGCCUCAGGCCACGCCUCCGAGGCCCUGGUCUGCAUGGCGGAGAUCUACUUGCAGAGAGGUAAACACACACACACACACACACACAGAGAGGUUCACCUGUGUGUGUGUGUGUGUGUAGGGGAGCUCCAGCGGGCCCGGCUCCUGGCUCAGUGCUGCCUCCUACAGGCCGAUGAGGGCGGCUGGCUGGACUCGGGCCUCCGGCCUCUGGGGGUCCGGGUCCGGGGGACCCUGUGGAGGAUCUGCAGCCGGAUGGCCGACGCCCACCUGGAGGCCUCACACCUGGACCUGGACCGGGCCCUGGACCUGCUGCAGCAGGGCCACACAGCGGCAGCUGAGUCUGGAGACAAACAGCUGGAGUCAGAGGCGUGUCACCAAUUGGGCCUGACCAAUCAGAGAGCAGGACGCCACUGCACGGCCCAACAGUUCUUCAAGUCCUGCAUCCAGAUCUACAGCACGCUGCAGGAUGCAGACGGAUUGGGAAAAACCUACAAGGCUUUGGCAAGUGAGGGAGACACACAUGACAGACUCCAGUGUCUGGAGAAGAUGGCCGACCUCUACCUCAGCAGUGGGCAGCAGAGCGGCCUGACAGACGCCCUGCUGCGUGUGGGGAGCAUCUACUUCAAGAGGGGUCAGUACAUGAGAGCGAGUGAAUAUUUCCUUCAGAGUUUUGAACUUUCCUCUGAACUUGGAGACUUGUCUCUGCUGCAGAAAGCUCAGGUGUGGUUGGGGUGCGCUCGUGCCCGCGCUCUGAUCCGCGGCCACAGCGCCGACGUGGGGGGGUCCUCGGGCGCCGCCCUGCAACGCCUGCUGACCCGGAAGGAGAGCCGGGGACUCGGUCCAGAGACGCUUCCACUUCCGGGUUCCAACGCUGACGAAUAAACAAACACAACUGA